AUGUCAAAAGAAACACAAACGAAAGUGAAGUUUAGUUAUAAUCGCAGUUCUCGCAAAGUUUGGGUUGGUGUAAAACGCGACACAACUGUGUGGUUUACCGGAGAGUUGGCAACCGUCUUGGGAUUUGACCAGGACACUCUUAUUGAAAAGAAAACUUUGAGUCCCUAUCCUACAGAUAUCAAUGGUUGA